AUGUUUCAAAUACGCCCACAUUUUGCCUAUGAAAAAGUAAUUAAUUGGUUUCCUGGGCAUAUGGCCAAAGGACUUCGAAUAAUCAGCGAGAAAUUAUCAUCGAAUGUGGUGAGAAUCCUAAACUAUAUUAUUAUUAUAUACAUCCCUUUAUCGGCUAUCAAUUUGAAAUUCGAAGAAAUCGCCGGGGCAAAAGAUCGCGUCAUCGUGUAUAAUAAAACCGAUUUGGCUGAUGAGUCAGUUCAGGAGCAAAUCAUUAAAUCAUUUGCAAAAUAUCGACCAAAUCAACGAGUCAUUUUUACAAGUGCUAACGUAGAUAAAAAUGUCAAGUCAAUUAUUAAAAUUGCAGCUGCGAAAGCAAAAGAAGAUUCAAUUCAAUAUUCUUAUGUCACCGUGAUGGUAGUUGGAAUGCCUAAUGUCGGGAAGUCGACUCUAAUAAAUUCGAUGAGAAGUAUCGGUGUACAUAAAGGUAAAGCUGCUCGAACAGGUGCAUUACCUGGCGUCACAAGAUCAGUCGCGGGCACUGUAAAGGUUUUAGAGAAUCCGUCUGUAUAUUUAAUUGACACACCAGGUGUUAUGAUUCCGCAUAUUAGUGAUCCGAUAAAUUCUUUAAAAGUUGCACUGACAGGCGGAAUUAGGGAUCAUGUAGCAGACUUGGAAGUUAUGGCUGACUACUUGUUGUGGCGUUUGAAUCAAUUUGGAAAUUUCAGUUAUGUAGAAAAAUUCAAGCUCCCAGGACCUACAGACGACAUUAAUAUUCUGCUUCAAGCGAUAGGUAAAAGAAUUGGUGCACUACAAAAAGGUGGAGCAGUAGACUUAAACAAUUCUGCCAUGUUUUUCGUUAAACAGUAUCGUCAGGGAAAAUAUGGUCGUUAUACCUUGGACGAUGUGUCGCCUGAGGGAAUUGAGGCGCAUUUCACACAAGUAGUUGAUCCGGUUUUAAGUAAGAAUCAGGCGAAAAAAUUAGAAUGGGCAAAGAAAACUGAAAAAAGAUUAGAAAGAUGGCGAAAGAAAGGAUUAUUAAAAGGAAAAAAUAGUUUCAAUUAA